AUGGGUAGGCCGAGAACCUGGCUGGAACAUACUCAGAUGUCACCAAAUAAUCUCCCCAACCUUGAGAUGGCGAGAAAGAAGCUCAUCGCAAGGCUAAUGCGGUCAAGCAAAGCUGAUUUCCGGAUCACUUAUUACCUUUACAUGGACCCCAGUCUCGCCGCUGAGACCAGCAAGCUCCUCACCCGAGCCUUCAACGAUCCAACCACGAAGGGGAAAUUCCGCGAGGUCAGGACAGAAGGAGUUGGCAUCUCAAGCCAGGAGCCUAUAGACCUCGUGGCCCUCGAGAUCGACGCCACGGCCAUCCCAGUAGCCUGCGGCCGCGCCGGGAUCCUAGCCGAGAACCGAGCGGUACGCAAGUUCUGCACCGACACGUACCAGCUCCUCCACAACCCGGCGUUUGUCAACCGCGCCCUGGGACUGCCCACCACCGCCCCGCUGCCGUGGACGCACCUGCGCAUCCGGCGGACCGACGUCGGGCCCCAGGACCCCUGCUAUACGGACAAGUACUACCUCCCGCAGGCCUGGUGGCCGUGGAUCGCCGGCCCGCCCUCGGCGCACCCCACGGCCGCCCCGGGAAUGGCGUGCUUCAGGAUCCUGGCCCAGGCUGCGACCUGCUGCGUAGCGUCGGGGCCGUCCCUUUCGCCGGUGCUGUUUGAGCAGCCCUGGUGUCUGGGCGCGUACGGCGUCGUGCUGACGAGGAUGAUUGGCAGGUUCUCGCGUGGCGCGGAUGAGCUCUACCGUGAGAUUGACGACGUCUUCGGUGCGGUUGCGGGUGAGGUGUCUGACGGCCACCAAGUGGCAGACCUGAUCUAUAGCUUGAGCCGGGAGAUGCAAAACAUCGUAGCGGUCCUGCGCAGGAAGCACUGGGACUACUUUGGUCAGCCGUCGCGGAGCUGUCGGCUGCGCAGCAGGUACAACGUUUGGAUAGGCGGCAGGCGUCACGAUGCGAGGAGGGUUUUUGAGAGACAGCUCCUUGAAGUCCAGCAAAGCAUGACAGCGGCAACCACCACCCUCCGCACCCUGGCCAUGACGACCCGCCUGUCCAGUCCAGACGGCAAGUUACCUGCAGGCCUCUCGUCGGUACUGGCCGCGACACGGGUCAAGACGAUGACGCCGGCCGAGCGGCAGGCAGUGCUGGCGUUUGUGGCGCGAGCCUGGUGCGGCGACGACGACACGGGCGACUGCCCGCCCUCAACAGCAGCGCCCGACCACUACAGCAGUCACCCACAACCGCAUCGCUCCGAGACGAUGGUGCGAGACGCUUUGGUCCGCGGCGCACGGCGCUGGGCGGGCGAGCACGACGAGGCGCGGCGGCACCUACGUGGCCUGCUCGGCAUAUGGUGGGACGUGGAGGCCUGGCUGGACCCCUCGGCGGUGAACAACGACAACCGGGCCACGGUCGAGGGGGCGCUGGCGCCGCCGGCGUGGGCGGGGUUAGCGGAGCGGAGCGGCUUCGGUCGGCCCGGGUUGGUGCUGAGCUGUGCGGAAGCGUCACGGUCGGUGGUCCACGUGCCAUUUCCGGGAACCGAGGUUGGGGAGAAGGACGAGGAGGACGAGGAGUCGGACAAGGAUGACAGCACUCUGUGCGGCUCCUCGGAUCAAGAACCGCAGUCGUGCAACUGGAGGAUCGUCUCGGGGGAGCACGAGGGGGUGCCGCCGAGCUGGGUGCGACGGGCGCGCGAGAUGCGCGGGAUGCAAUGGGUCAUGAUAUGA